ACAUGCCGUACAGAGGGUGUGAUGGGUGUAUCACUGGAACCUGUUGUCUAGGCUGACAAGAUCUGACCCUGGAAGUUGCACCCUUGAUGUCCUGCUGGUAUUUUGAAAUCCACUUUCCCAGAUCCUGCUCAGUGAUGGAUUCCUUAUUUCCUUCAGUGACAACUAUUCAGUUACUGAUUUUUCUACAAAUACCCCACCUGGCUACAGGCCAGUUUACAAUCCAUACCCCUGAUAAUAUUGUCAUUGGAGUCGUUGGAGAAGAUGCUAUCCUGCCUUGCUACCUGUCAUCUCCAAGGGUCCCUCUGAGCACUGGUAUCCAGUGGACACUUGCAAGACCUCUGGAGAGAAUAGAAAUGACCUUCUAUAAUGGAGGAACACAAACAGAAAGGCAGGGUGAGGGAUACCAGGGCCGAACGGAGUUCUUCACAUCUCAGCUGAGCAAAGGAAACCUCUCCCUGAAGCUGAAGAACAUCCAGGUCACCGACAAAGGGAUAUAUGCCUGCCAGGUUGAUGUCUCAGACUGGCAUGGAGAAGCCUACAUUGAACUGGAUGUGAUAGCUCCCUAUAGAAUCCUUCCUAGCAACCCUGUUAUUGGAGUCAUUGGAGCAGAUGUUAUCCUUCCAUGCCAGCUCUCAGUCACUAAGUUACCUGGAAGCUUCAAAGUGCAGUGGAAGCUGUUUAGACCAGCAGUAUUAAUCCAUGAGGUCUCCUAUAAUGGAGGAAACCAGACAGAAACCCAAGGGGAGAGACAUCUGGGUCGAACGGAGCUGUCCAUCACUGAAAUGACUCAGGGAAACUUGUCACUGAAACUCAAGCAUGUCCAGAUCUCUGACAAAGCAGAAUAUGUCUGCAGCCUGGAUUCUGGGAGCUGGUAUGAUGAGAUGGUGGUUGAAAUGGAUGUGACAGGUUAG